AUGUUUAGCAGACGGCCUGAUCGUCUUUUCGUCCAUGGAUUUUAUCUCUUCGGGAAUACCAUGGAAUGCUGGAUGUUCGAUCGAUCUGGGGCCUACAGCUGCGAGCCAUUUGAUAUCGUAGAGCAUCCAGAACGCUUCCUUACAAUCAUGGCUGCUUACGCUUCCAUGCAUGACCGAGAAUGGGGCCGCAAGAAGGACGGCGAGGGCACCUACGUUUGUGUGGAGGAUGAGAAUAAAAAAGUGACAGGGAAGAUGUACCUCGAGACCCCGCCAUUUUUCAUCAGAGACGAGGAAGUCAUCGCCAGAGGCAGCCUUUUAUGCCAUAGAGGCAGGGAAUCUUCUAAGGCGCCAUGGAAUUUUGUGGUUAAAUACAAGUGGAAGCCGCCGUGGCAUGAACCAGAGGCAGAACAGCUAAAAAGGGUCCGGGACAGGAAUGUCUGGGGGGUUGUUCAAUUCCAUAGCUACAAUCUUAUUGAUAAAACUGAGGACCUCCGAAGCGGCCUAAUCUUUGGUUCGCCACAAGAGUUUAAGGAUACAGAAGAUACGAGCGCGGCAGUCGUCGGUGCGAAGGCUCUGCUUGAAACGUUUGAGGAAAACCGACCCAACCUCCCAAAGAGCCCUGGGUACCGCAGUACUGUAUUCAGCUGCUUGAUUAUUUCGUCCUCUGGUACUUCAAUCUUCGAAUACGAGAACCUCCAUCAGCUUUUAGAGGUCUUCCAUGAUGCCAUCAAGGCUCAUCGAUCUCUGUAUCAAGAUGGCGGCAUCCUCCAUAGGGACAUUGCAGCCUCCAACAUAAUAAUUGUUCCUCCCACAACUUCGGCAGAGUCACCAAAGGGCAUGCUUAUUGAUCUCGACACGGCCUGGGAUACCGCUCGCGGCCCAACACCUCAAGGUUCUAUGGUAGGAACUUCACCCUUCAUGGCCAUCGGCGCUCUCGAAGCACACGUUCAGAAUAACCCGCGCACCUACCGCCACGACCUCGAGUCCUUCUUCUACGUCUUUCUCUUCAUCGCCAUCUGCCCACGCGAAGAAGACGGCACCAAAGCCGAGGAACUGCCCAGAACAAGCCGGCUCCUGCAGUGGAGACAGCAUAAGCAACAGCAGGUGCGCAAGACGGCGGAUAUGGGGGAGAAAGGAUUCGAGGCUGUCUUGGAGGAGUUUUCGCCGGAAUUUAAGUGUUUGAAGGAGCCCUGUUUCCAUUGA